AUGGAUACGGCCCUGUUCCACGGAAGCGGCGUGGGGGAACAAAAUGUGAACUUUACAGUUUGUCUGGGUCAUUUAACUCUGCAGCAGCAACGGCACGGCAAGGGCGGAUCCCUGAAAGCUCGUCCAAUUUACAAAGCUUGCUGGACUCGUGAUAAUUCUGAAGACUUUACUGAUGUCGACUUGCUUUCUGCUUUUGAUCAAGCCAUUGAUGACGGCGUCGACUUGCUCUCUGUUUCCAUCGGCCGGAUCACCGUCCGAAACGCCACCCACGUGUUUACCAAUGGGAUCUCCAUUGGGUCCUUCCUUGCAGUCUCAAGAGGCAUACUUGUUACCUCUGGUGGUAAUGACGGACCUGAACUUGAGACGGUGACGAAGUUGGCGCCUUGGAUCUUCACUGUUGCUUUGGCUCCAUAUACUGCUUUGAAUCGAUGCCAUUACAUAACAUACGACUCUGGUUGUUCUUGUUGCAGUCAACUGUGUAAAAGUGGAACACUUGAUUCUAACAAAGUAAAGGGUCGCAUAUUGGUGUGCCAAAGAGGAAGGAGCCUGAGGCCUGUGGACAAAGGUCAAGAAGCAAAACGUGUAGGAGCAUUGAAAAUGAUUCUGCAGAAUCAUAAAAAGUUUAACACAGCUACAGCUGAUGCUCAAGUUUUAGAUACUUCCAAUGUUCCUAAUAGUGAUCCUCAGAAUGAGAGUGAAAAUAGCUCCGAUGAGAACCUACUUGCAUUCUUGGAUAACGCAAAAAGUAUUAUGCCAGUAAAGCCAGCUCCAAAAGUUUCUUUAUUCUCAUCCAGGGAACCCAGCUUGGUUCUGCCCUCAACUCUCAAGCCUGACGUGGCAGCUCCUGGUCAAAAUAUAAUUGCGGCUUAUUCAUCAGGACGUCGAUUUGACUAUAAUAUUCUGUCAGGAACUUCUAUGGCAUGCCCACAUGUAACAUCAACCACUUGGGAUGACACCAACGGACCAAAUCUGGACGAAAACGAUGAUCAAGUAGCUACUCCAUUACAUUAUGGUUCAGGAUAUGUUAAGCCUAACCGUGCAAUAUACCCUGGACUUGUUUAUGAUCUGGACGCUCCUGAUUACCUAAACUUGUUAUGUGCUUCUGAUUUCGAGGAAAGAAUAGUUGUAUCACUUAAUUAUAACAGGCCAUACAAGUGUCCAAAGUUAUACAGGCUACAAGAUUUCAACUACCCUUCCAUCACUCUGCCAUUUCUGGGUGUGGAACCUGAGUGUUUCUCGUACAGUUUCAAACGUUGGAGCUCCAAGCACAGGACGAAUGAGAACGAGAGCUAUGAGAUAAUCCCGCAGGCAGAGGAAUAUUCAGCUCACAAAUUAGAAGCUGAUUAUUCAUUUGGAAAGGUGACGUGGACAGAUGGCAUGCACAAAGUCAGGAGUCCUAUUGUACUGAAAUUUAUGAGAAAAUGA